AUGCCGUUGGCAACCUCGUCGUCCCUUUUGGUGCCUACGUCCAAGGCCGCUGAUAGCUCACUUGUGUCAGCUCCAAAUGCUUCAUCUGGCGGCGCGAGGUUCCAUAGCGCAGAUGACCCCUCUGCAUCUGACUCGCGAGAGGGAACCCUCAUAAUACCAAUUCACACAAUUGUAGAGAAGGUGGCUCCCUUAUGCGACCUCUCUGACCAGGAGCUGCGUGCUCUCGUUCUCCGAUACGACACAGACGGCAUCGGCGGCCUAACGGAGCCGCAGUGGUCGCUCUUCUGCCACGAGAAUCGCCACACCUUCUCUUCCUUGGGUGAGGAGCUUUUGGAUUUUGACCGCUCUGGCGAGUAUAGUGUCCUCGUUGUGAAGCACGGGUACGAGGACACGAGCGGCACAAACGCGCCACAUUCAUUUACCAAGGGGGUAAUUCGGUUCAUCGAGAGUUUCGCCGUGGGCGGCAUCGCUGGCGCUGUGAGCAAGACCGUCAUCGCGCCUGGAGACCGUGUCAAGAUAAUUUUUCAAGUGGAAUCAUCACGGCGCUUCAACUUGCGCGAGGCAGUCUACCUCGGCGUGGAGACGGUGCGAAAGUUUGGCUUUACUGGCCUGUGGAUUGGCAAUGGCGCGAUGAUGCUCCGUGUCGUUCCAUACGCGGCCAUCACGUAUGCCUCGUUUGACUUUUACCACAGCAAGCUGCGUUGCAUUUUUAGCCGCACCAAUCCAGACGGCUCGCCUGAUGAGGCGCGGGCAGUGACGCUUCGCUUCAUUAGCGGCUCACUGGCAGGGGCCACUUCGACUACCUGCACUUACCCACUGGACCUAAUGCGUGCCCGAUUUGCAGCACAUAGCAGCUCCGGCAAGCGGCACUUUCCUAGCUAUGGCGCCGCUUUCAAAGAGGUCAUAUCUAAGCAAGGUGUGAUCUCCCUCUACAGUGGCCUUUUCCCUACGCUUGUAGGCAUCGUCCCAUACGCCGGCUGUAGCUUUGCGUGCUUUGAGACACUCAAGCACUACAUUGUGAAGGUGUCACACCUUAAAUCUGACAGGGACAUCCCAACCUAUCAGCGACUGAUGGCUGGCGGAUUUGCAGGCUUGCUUGCCCAGUCGGCGACCUACCCACUUGAUAUUGUGCGGCGGCGCAUGCAGGUCACCCCAGGCCGCUACUCUAGUGUCAUUAAUGCCUUACAAACGGUGUAUCGCGAGGAAGGGAUUCGCCAGGGGCUCUACAAGGGUCUUGCCAUGAACUGGAUCAAGGGCCCCAUCGCCACCGCAACGAGCUUCACAGUGAACGAUCUCAUAAAGCGACGCACACGUAAUUAUUAUGAGACGACGGUCGUGUACUCGUCACGUCACAACAUUGUGACGCUGCCGGAGGCAUUCCUCUGCGGCGGGGUGGCUGCCGCAACGGCCAAGUUCUUUUCCUUGCCCUUUGACCGGCUCAAAAUUCUGUAUCAGGUGGGCAUGGCUGAGAAAAGCUCGGCAAAGAAGGGAGCACAGCUGCUCUACGAAGUCAUCAGGCAGAGCCCCAAUAUGUGGAUGUCUGGACACGUCACAAUGUUGCGAGUAGUACCAUACGGUGCCUUGACGUACUGUUUCUUCGAUAUGUUUCAGUUAUUGGCCGAGCGGCUCAUGUACUCACAUGUGGCCACACCGUACACCAACUUUGCUGCCGGGGCCGCCGCAGCGUCGGUUGGAACGGCGAUAGUGUACCCACUAGAUCUUUUGCGCACGCGUGCCGCCUUGAACGCCGUUCCCAGCUUUCAGUCAUACUUCUGGCUGCUGCGCACCAUGGCUCGACGUCACGGCAUUGGCGCACUGUGGAAAGGCUGCUAUCUUUCCAUGAUGGGCGUGGGCCUUCUUGCCGGCAUCGGAUUCGCUUCAUACGAGUACUUGAAGGAGCGAUUUGACUGCCACACUUUUGGGCAGUACAUGGCUGCCGGCGCGAUGUCGGGGAUGACCGGCUCUGUGAUCACACACCCACUGAGUGUCAUGAAGCGUAAUCGCCAGGUGGAGCGUGUCGUGUACGGGCGACUGGGCACUCGCUCCAUACAAUCACUGCUUAAAAGCCCUAAAGAGGUUGCCUCCCUUUACCGCAAGAUGCCCUUUUCCUUCACGGUGAGUAGCCUUACGUUCGGUAUCUCGUUCGCAAUGAAUGACUGGUGUCGAGAUGUUAUUGCGGCGACACGAAACGAUAUGCUGCGCGAGAUGCUGUUACCGCCAUCGUCUGCCGCGUUGAAGGUGAUACUAUCCCACAGCAAAACCACCUAG